GGAGGGAGGGAGAGUGAGAGAGAGGGAGUGAGAGAGAGAGAGAAAGAGUGAGAGAGCGCGCGAGCUGCAGGACACUGAAACGGAGCUGUUUGGAAAUAAAAGUCGGUGAUUGUUUUUGAUGUUUUUGAUGAAUUUUUGUUGCUUUGAUGAAGUCACGAGCCCCUUUUUUUUUUUUUUGGAAGCGCGAGGAGCAAAAGCAGCAUUUCCCCACCGGGAGCAGCGCGAGACCUUUUAAUCCUCCGGGAUCUGUUUACUAAAAAUAAAAAACAACCCGAAAAAUAAUCAACCCGAGGAUCGCGCGGCUCCUUUAUCACCGGAUCCCGGAGCGGAUUAACGGGGAUGAGGAGCGGAGACCGGGACCGGGACAGCGCUGAGGACUGAGCUCCGGGACACAGAGAGAGAGAGAGAGAGAGAGAGAGAGAGCGGGGCUGCUUCUUCUUCUUCUUCAUGUUUUUAAUGUUAUUAUUUGAUCGAAGAGGGAACUGAACUCCUCACCCUCAGCUCCAGGAGGUUUUACAUCGCAGCAGGAGGAUUUCGGACCCUUUGAUGUUUUUUAUUUCCCUCCUCAGAUCCGCGGACUUUAAUGAUUAGGGUUUAGAGGGCUUUGCUGUGUCCCUCCGGCGCUUCGACACGUUUCCCGGUGUGAAAUAAACUGCGGUAAGAGCGCGCGCAGGAUGGAGGCUGUGACGCGGCCGAUUUUCCAGCCUCACCCGGGACUGCAGCAGACUCUCAAACAGUUCCACCUGAGCUCCAUGAGCUCGCUCGGCGGCCCGGCCGCUUUCUCCGCGCGCUGGCAGCACGAGGUGUUCGGGAAGGACGGGGACGAGCUGGAGCGCGCGGCCGCGGCGUCAGUGGCGGCGGCCGCAGCGGCCGCGGCUGCGCACGUGCCCCCGCCGAGGCCGCCCCCGGUGCUGCCGGUGCCGCUGUUCAUGGCGAGCGACCGGAGCACGGAGCGCUGCGAGACGCUGCUGGAGGGAGAGAGCAUCUCGUGCUUCGUGGUCGGCGGCGAGAAGCGUCUGUGUCUGCCGCAGAUCCUCAACACGGUGCUGCGCGACUUCUCCCUGCAGCAGAUCAACGCCGUGUGCGACGAGCUGCACAUCUACUGCUCGCGCUGCACCGCCGAGCAGCUCGAGAUCCUCAAGGUCGUCGGGAUCCUGCCGUUCUCCGCGCCGUCCUGCGGCCUCAUCACCAAAACGGACGCCGAGCGCCUGUGCAACGCGCUGGUGAGGGCGGGCACGCGCUCCCGGGGCGCCAAGGAGCUCGAGGUGAAGGGCUUCAGGGUGUACCACGAGUGCUUCGGGAAGUGUUCGGGCAUCUUCGUGCCGGAGCUCUACACGAGUCCCGGAGCCGAGUGCAUCCAGUGCGCGGAGUGCGGCCUCAUGCACGCGCCGCACAAGUUCGUCGUGCACGGGCACAAGUCUCUGGAGAACCGGACUUGCCACUGGGGCUUCGACUCGGCCAACUGGAGAGCCUACGUUCUCCUGAGCCCCGAGUAUGCCGAGAAGGAGGAGAACGCCAAGCUGGAGGCGCUGCUGCACGAGCUCAAGGAGAGGUUCGACUUCGCCAGCAAGUACAAGAGGAGAUCUUCAGGGGUCCUGGAUGCAGUUCCAAUUAAAAAGUCCAAGUAUGAUGAUUUCUCUCACUCACCCUCGGCAGAUAAAGAUAAGAAACCUGAUUGGCUGCGCUCUCUCUCUGCCUCGGCCAAUAAGGCUUUUAAUUGCGUUCAGCCUCGACAGAGAGUGUCUGCGUUCAGGCCCUGGUCCCCGAACAUCACCGAAAAGGACGGAGCCACUAAACCAGCUAGCAUGCCGCGGGACAGUUUUUAUAACUAUAAGUCUCUGGAGAACUCGGUGGCUCCGAACGUGGCUCUGCCUCCGCUCCAGAAGGGGGUGCCGGUGUCACUCACCGUCCUGAACACUGCGAGCCGCAGUGACGAGGGACACGGGAAGACCAGGAAGAGGAGGAUAACAGGCGAGGGACACCCAGGACACGCCCCCUCCAGUCAAACCCAACAAAGCCAUGCCCUAUCUCGAGCACCUCCACCAAUGAUGGAGGGGCGUGACUCGGACGUGGAGGUCGAGGUUCGAGAUGAAGUGACCUCAUCACUGUCGUCCCUCUCAUCUCCUUCGUUCACGUCCUCCAGCUCCGCGAAGGAACUCAGCUCUCCGGGAGUCGCAGGGGUCACAGGGGUCCCCGAGGUCACGGCAGGGUCAGGGUGUGGGGUGGAAAGCCAAGUGGGCGGAGCCUCUCUGGACUCGGAGCUAGAGACCCUGAGACAGGCGUUGGACGGGGGAAUGGAGUCUCGCGAGUCAAAGGAGAAAUUCCUGCACGAGCUCGUGAAGAUGAGGGUGAAGCAGGAGGAGAAGCUGGGCUCAGCUCUGCAGGCCAAACGCAGCCUUCAGCAGGAGCUGGAGUUCCUGCGUGUGGUGAAGAAGGAGAAGCUGCGUGAAGCGAGUGAAGCGAAGCGCGCUCUGCGUAAGGAGAUGGAGCGACUGCGAGCGGAGAACGAGAGGAAGAUGAAGGAAGCGAACGAGACUCGAGCUCGACUCACCAGAGAACUGGAGGAGGCCAAGCAGCUGCGCAAGUGUGAUAAAGGCUGUGAGGCCGGACGCUUACGCGCAAAGUACUCUGCUCAGAUCGAGGAGCUGCAGAUGAAGCUCCAGCUGGCCGAGGCAGAUCGUGAGCAGCUCCGCUCUGAGCUCCAGCAGGAACGUGAAGCUCGUCAGCACCUUGAGAGGGUCGUCAAAGAUCUACAGGAUCAACUGUGGCCCAAACCUGAGGAGGAAACACACACCGAGAUCAGCGGGAAAACACCGUCCGCUUCAUCUGCUUCAAACGCUAAAGAGUCCAGCAAUUAACACACACUCUGUCCAUACACACACACACAUACACACACACACACACACACACACAUACACAGAUACAGUAAUCAUGAGGAGCAAAGAGGUGGAUGAGGAGCGAGAGAGAGAGAGAGAGAGAGAGAGAGAGAGAGACGUUGUACAGUGACUGAAGACACUGAAAUGAAAAAGACAGAUGUGUAAAAACGGAGGAAGACACUGAAGCGGAAAAUGAGGAUGUGUGUGUUCCGGAUGUGAGCACUGAGUCCCACCUCGUCAGCGCUGAUCCUGAUUGGGAGAAUCAGACACGGAGAUGAACGCAGGACACGACGUUUUAUUUCAGUUCAGCUCUUUAAUGACAGUUUACACAAACAAGCAUCAUGUGAUAUUUGUAAAAUUCUGUGCAAAGUGAUGCCAAUGAUAUCAUUUAAAAAAAUUAUAACAUGCCCAUUUGUUCGUGUGUUUACGGUAGACCUGCUUCUCCUGGAAUUACGGUAAUGUGGCGUUGCAGGUGGGAUCAGUGCAUCCUUGUGAGACUUUAUAUUCAAUAUAAACACAGUGAUACAAAUAUUAAGAAUGAGCACAAACAUAUUCUUGUGCUUAAGACUUUAAAAAACAGAGGCUUUUAUACAAAUUUAAAAUCAGUUCUUUACAUGAGGAAGAAACUUUGGAGGAUUUCGGAGACUAUAAAUCUUCUCAUCUUUUUGUUAAAGUGUGUGUUUUUACACUCUCCUCUUUUUGUACCAGACUAUUUAUCAGAUGAGUUACGAUACAACAAAUUUCUUUUUUUGAAAAUUUUCUCAAAGAAAUCAUAUCUCUUUGUUGCUUGUUGCCAUUGAUAUUACAUCAUCUCACACACACACACACACACACACACACACACACACACACACACACACACACACACACACACACAUGUAUACCUGAGUGUGUUUGGGUCAAAACCUUGGAUCUUAAAAAGACAUUUGAGUGUCUGUGUGUCUCUGUGUGUGUGUGUGUGCGCGUGUGUGUGAGAGAGAUGCUAACAGCUUGACUGUGCAUAUCCACCAUUGCAAUGCUAACAGUUAGCAUCAUGCUAAAUCAUGGCGACCAUGUUUUGUAGGGCUGUUUUUAAAAAAAGCGACAGAAUGUUUUUUUUAAGUAAAUUAUAUGUAAAUAUUAAUUUUUUUUCUUUUUCUAACUUUACAAUAAUGAAUCGCACUUUGUCAUAACGAGAUCCUGCGUAAAAAAUGCAUUAGCCUCUCUGUACCUUUAUUUCAGAGUUUAGCCUCCAGGAACAUAGAAAAUGAAAAAAAAUCAAUCAAUAAUAAUAAUAAUAAUAAUAAUAAGCAUUAUGUUGAUUAUAUGCAACACAGUUACAUGCAAUGUAAUCCUAUGUUUAAAGGCAGAAAUAUUGUAAAUAAACAUUUGAGAAGAAAAAAUGUUUUAUGCUCUGCUUUGCUGAAACACUUCUAAACAAACUCAAAUUAAAAUUCUUCUUUUUUAUUUUAUUUCUAGUCAGUCCAGACAUGAGAGCUGUUUAUUCUUUUCUUAUUUUAUCAGCUAUUAAACUCAAAUAACGUUCAACAUUGUGCCAAUAAUCAGCAACAAAAAAACAAAAGCGAGCUUUAUUUCUGUUAUCAAUAAAGAGAACAGAAAUAAAGCUUGCUUUCAUUUUUUUGUCGUCUAUAUCUUUAUCUCUUUAGCAUUAUGCUGAACUUCACUGACUAUACAAACUCAGCUAGCUAGCUAACAUAUCCGUAUAAAAUAAAGUAUUAAAUAUUGUGAUAUAUUUAUUCACUUUCCAUAACCACUUUUAUCAUUCAGUAAUACAGUGGCUAAACGUAGUUAGCAAACCACUCGCAAACUUGGAGUUAGCUACUCUCACUGAAUAAAAUAAAUAAAAAUCUGAAACACUGAGUGGCGUCGCUGCAGGAGCGAGAUGGAACCAGACACAUUUCAUUCUAGUUCACAAUAUUAGCAUAAUAUUGCAAUUUAAAGAAUUAUGUAAAAGAUAACUGCCAUAUUUUUAGAUUAUAAGAAACUUUUUAUCCCCUAUCAGUUGAUGAAACAUACAGAAAAGUAACGCGUUUUUCACUUACACGUCAUCUCCUACUAAUUCAGCAGGUACGCGAGUUUGUGGUAAAGUUACAGCAGCAAAACUUCAUCUGAGCUCCUUUUACACUAAUCAGUAAAUCUGUGGUGUUAAAUUUCUCCAGUCCGGCUUCACUAAACACCAGACUGAGCACUGCUCCUGAUUUCUGCCUGGAAAGCUAGCUGCGCGUCUCUCUUGUGUGUUUGAGUGAGAUCAGUCGCAUUAACACCAUCUCAGCCAAUCAGAGCUCAGAUCCUGUGUUUAUGUACCUGAACAGUGAUGGACGUGUUUGUGUGUUUGCGAGCUGAUAAAAUAAAAACGUUUCUCAGACUCUUGGAGCUGAACUGUACGAGCGUCAGCCACAUUUACACUCGCGCUCUGAGCCGUUAUUGCUGUUAUUGAUGUAUUUUAAGCAUUUUUUAAUAUUUUCACUGAUUAUUUUUCUUAUGCAUGACAUUUUAAGGAAUUAAAAAAUAAUCUGCUGUUUGUGUAAUAAUCAUUAUCGGGCAUUAAUAAUGUUCAUAUAAUAGUUUAUUGUUUUAAUUACAUUUAUACAGAAAAUAUUCAUUAAAAGGAAAACACACACACACACACACACACACUAUAUUCAUAGGUUAAAUGCUAACAGUUACAUAUGAUGCUGGUGAGUGUCAUGAAAAUUCGGUGUUUUUUUUGUACACAAGUUUAUCCAAAUUAAAUGCACACAGAUGUUCAUUUUGCCAUAAAUAAAUAAAUACUCCUUGCAAAAAAAUCAGAAUUCAAUUUUAAACGUCUUUUUUAACAUUUUUAAAAAAUUUCCUUUUUAAGAAUUUACGUAAUAUAUAAAGCUACAGAGAUAUCACCACGUUUAUAAAAAUAAAAAACUUAAAGCCUAGUGUUAUUCUUUUUGCAAGUUUUGAACAGACAACACGGCUGUUUUGUAGUUUUUCACUCUAAAAGAUCUGUGGACUUUAACUUUCAUGUGUUGUUUUUUCUUUUAUAUAAAAAAAUGGAGAAAUUUUGCUAAACAUUUGGUAAAAUUGUUUCUAAACGAGAGCCAUUCUUUUUGCUAAUAACAGCAAUAACAGGACAUGCGUUAGAUACACAAAUUGUAAAUAUUUUUUUAAAAAGAUUUUACACUGUUGUAUUAUAAACAUAGCUUGUGGGUUUUUUAAAGAAAAUAUUCAGUAGUUGUUUUACAGAACAGUUUUAUUGCUACUUUAUAAGCUUACUUUAUUUUGUGGAUUUUUUUUGCCUUUAUUUUGAAUUUCAGUACUUUUUUUUAUUAAUGUGUCGUACAGUCUGUACCAAUACAUUUUAAUUUCACGAUCAUCGUAUUUUUUUUAAAUUUGCUCCUCCCUAACAAGACACGUGCGCUGUCAUGUGAUCAUGAUUUAUGAUAUUGUUAUGAUGUUCUUCUGAUGCACAGAAUCUGUCCAAAAGGAGAUGAUUAAUGAAACUGGAAUAAUAAUAAUAAUAAUAAUAAUAAUAAUAAUUUCUGCAUGCAGAAAUAUCGUAAGAGUAAAUGUAAUGCGUGAUUAUGAGCGCGUGUCUGUCCCUGACAGGAAGUUCAUUUGUUGCGUCUCAGCCCUUCACUGCUGCUAUAACGAAAUGUUAUAAAUGUUACAGUUUUACAGCAAGCCUAUUUUUAUGUACGAGAUUAAAAUUAUGCUUUGUUUAUUAAUGCCACAGAUAUAAAAAUUAAGACUUUCCCUCUUUCUUUCUUCUUUUUCUGCAUAUAGCCUGUAAGAUAAAGGACUUUAUGAGACUGCGCUAUAAACCGCAUUGAGAAAAUGUACAGUGUAUAGAUGCAUUAAUCAGAAAUAAACUUGUUUGUCUUAAA